UUCUUCAUCACCUCCUGGCACGGAGAGCGUUCGGUUUGAAGCCGAUGACAAACCCUGCAACAUCGAACCAAGGGCGUCCACAGCUUGUUUAGGCAUUGCUGAUGCCCAACCACAGCCCCGGGAAAGCUCCCACUUCCCCCACAAUCUUGUGUACGAGUAGCAGACCUCGGCCCUCCUCCGCCUCCUCCAUUCUCCUCUCAGUCUAGUCCUGUCAAUCACUUUCCCAUUGGCCUUUUCUGUUGCUUGCUACUCGCGUCUUGACUGCCUUCUUAUGUAUUAUAUCCUGCUUCGUCUCCCAGUGUCAUUGUGAAGAAACUGAAAGGGUCGCGAGUCUGUCAGUGGAAGUAAAGCAUCUCCUCUCUGCCCAUACGCCUGAUCCCGCACCUUGUCCUUCUCUUCGAACCUCAGCAUUUUCCACAAUGUCCUUCUCACCGGCAAUUCGAGUUGCAAGGUCAGCUGCACAGAGGUCGACCUCUCUGCUGCGAGCCAUUCAAUAUGGUCACCCUCCAAAUUGUCCCUGCCAUUCGAACCCCAACUUCCAUCAUGCUCCCUCUGUAUUCGGUGAAGCCAAGCGAAGACUGGCCACUCCGAUCGACUAUUCGCGAACAAAAGAAUAUGCUUUUGAGAUGGCAGCUUCCUCUAUUCGCUUUGGACCGGGUUGCACAAAAGAGGUGGGCAUGGACAUGAAGAAUAUGGGCGCUAAGCGGGUCUGCGUGGUGACGGAUGGGAACGUGUCCAAGUUGAAUGCAAUGAAGCAGGUGAUUGAGGGACUCAACGCCGAAGGGAUCGAGUUCACAGUAUACGACAAGUGCCGUGUGGAACCCAAAGACAGCUCCGUAAAAGAUGCCAUCGCUUUUGCCAAACCAUACCAACCAGAUGCGUUCCUCGCGGUGGGAGGUGGCUCGGUCAUUGACACAGCCAAGCUGAUGAACCUGUACACUUGCUAUCCUGAAGCAGACUUUCUGGACUUUGUCAACGCUCCUCUGGGAAAGGGUCUGCCCAUCACUAAGAAGCUGAAGCCUCUUGUCGCUGUGCCCACUACCGCAGGCACGGGCUCCGAGACUACCGGGACAGCAAUCUUCGACCUGGUAGAGAAGCGAGCAAAGACUGGCAUUGCGCACAGAAACCUCAAGCCAACGCUGGGUAUUUGUGAUCCUCUGAACACCCGAACAAUGCCUUCUGCUGUACACGCCUCGUCAGGUCUGGACGUGCUCUGCCAUUCGCUCGAGUCUUGGACUGCCAUUCCAUAUCACGAGAGAUCUCCAAGACCCACGAACCCGAUUAACCGACCAGCAUACCAAGGUGCCAACCCAAUUUCCGACAUCUUCUCCCUGAAGGCUUUGCACUCCACGGUGAAAUACCUACCACGAGCCACUAAGGAUCCCGAGGAUUUCGAGGCACAGAGCGAGAUGUUGCUCGCCGCCACGCUUGCUGGUGUCGGCUUCGGCAACGCAGGCGUGCAUCUCUGUCAUGGCAUGAGUUAUCCCAUCAGCGGCCAAAACCCCGGCUACAAGCAUUCAGGAUACCAGAUUGAGACGCCAAUCAUCCCUCACGGUGUCAGUGUCGCUGUGACGGCACCAGCAGUGUUCAAAUUCACCGGACCCAGCAAUCCUGACCGACAUCUGGCAGCCGCCGAGUGCUUUGGCAAGGACAUUUCCAACGUCAAGAAGGAAAGUGCGGGAGAAAUCCUCAGUGAGGCACUUGCUGAGUUCCUGAUCAAGCUUGGAGAUCAGCCUCGAGGAUUGAAGCCCCUGGGUUUCACGAAGGAGAGCAUUGAUGAUUUGGUCGAAGGUACCUUGCCCCAGAAACGAGUUUUGAUGCUGGCGCCCAGUUUGAGCGAGGAAGUCAACCAGGAACGAGAGCAGCUGCGAGGCUUAUUCGAGCAGUCUCUGGAAUACUAGGCUCAGAAUGAUAUGUUUUCCAAGUUUGUGGUACUGCGUGUUGAUCGUCAGCGUUUUACGGCCGAUGUUGUGUGUUCUUUUUUUCCCCAGAUCAGAUCCGGGUGCCUAUUGGGGGCGCGAGGGAAUCGUGGGGCAGCGACAUCGGCCACUUCGAUGCCCCCGCGUUCCUCCCCCCAACACCCUUCAUUUGGCUUGUCAGUUCCUCCGUCUCCCUGCUGUGAUCUGGUUGGAUUAUCCUUUGCAGCUGACGCAGAAAAUUGAAUCAAUGGGGUGAGAGAAUGUGUGCUCGACUCUCUUGUCUUCUACUGGCUCAAAAAUAUGUACCACCGUUUCUCUCACUUGCUUGCAUUUUGUUGCUCAAAGUUGUCUGUAUUUGGGACAAAAAG